AUGACUAAACCAAUUGGAAAACCAGAAGUAGUACAACCAUACUCAAUCAAGAACCUACCACCAUUAAUUGUCGGCGGUGCAGUCUUCAACACCCAAUAUUCCGAAGAUCCCCAUUCAUUACCCGUGCCCGAAUUAAUUCAAACCGCAUUUGACAAUGGAUUAAAUGCCCUUGAUACUUCUCCAUAUUAUGGCCCAUCUGAAGAAAUCAUCGGGAAAGCAUUGAAGAAAAUCACAUAUCCUCGAGAAACUUAUUAUAUUUGUACAAAAGCCGGUCGGAUCAGAUUGAAUGAAUUUGAUUAUUCUAGAUCUCAUGUUAGGAUGUCAGUUGAAAGGUCAUUGAAAAGAUUAGGGACGGCAUAUCUUGAUUUAGUCUAUAUGCAUGAUAUUGAAUUUGUUGAAGAAGAUGAAAUUUAUGAAGCUUUAAAAGAAUUGAAAUUAUUGAAAAAUGAAGGAAAGAUUCGUAAUUUUGGUAUUACUGGAUAUCCCGUGAACUUCUUAUAUAAGAUCGCUCUCGGAGCUAAACAAAAUCCCGAAAUUGGACCUCUUGAUGCCAUAUUAUCAUAUAGUAAUGGAUGUCUUCAAAAUAUCAGAUUAUUUGCAUAUUACGACAAGUUUAUUAAUGAAUGUGGUAUUCAAAAACUCAUAAAUGGAUCUAUUCUAUCCAUGUCAUUAUUACGUUCAGAUAAAACUCAUGAUUUCCAUCCUGCCCCGCAAGAAUUAAAGGAUACAGUAUAUGAUAUCGCACAAAAGUUAUUGAAAGAAGAUAAUGUAGAAAUGGCCGACCUCGCUACUAGAUUCGCAGUCAAGGAAUGGUUAUUCAAUACCACUUCGCAAUCAGACACCCAUGACUUGAAACCAAAUCCAAAUGUCGGGAUUGCAUUAGGAAUGACAGAUGUUAAAGAAUUAAAAAGUGCUAUUGAUAAUUAUUGGGAAAUUAAACAAGAUUUAAAUAAUAUUAAUGAAAAAGAUGCGAUUUUGGUGAAGAAGGUUCAAGAUUUACUUGGUGAUAAACAUUUUAAUGAGAUUUGGCCAAGUGGAAUUCCAAAUAGAGAUUAA